UCCAGCUGAUGGCGCUGCUCCGUCGUUUGUUUACAACGUCGAGGAGCUGAAAUGUGUUGCCUGGCAUUAUCCUACAGAACUCCUCAACCGACAUACUGGUGCUCAGCAGCACAUCCUUCAGCUUGUGUUUCUGACAACCGGAAAGGAUCCAGUUUCUUCUACAUCUGCCUUGGAGACCAGGUGGCUACCUCUUUGCAUUCAGACUUAUGAACACAGUCAAAACACUUACUGGCAGAUCUAAACCUGCCAAUUCGUCUGAACGUCAGCUGAAUCUGUGACCCAAAGUAUCAGGCUUCAGUGGGAGACAACAGUCGUGGACAAGACACAGGGCGGUCUACUUAUGCCAGGCCGAAACGGGUCUGCGAGUGAUGCAGACUGCCGAAUCUCAGAGGAAUGCCACGUCUCGGCUGAUGUGGAGCUAAUGGAGCUGGGGCCUCUUCUUGAGGAGCCAGUGCCUUUAGUGGCUACUGCACUCCGAACAGAGCAGGGAGCAAGUGGUCUGGCAGUAGAGGAAAACGAUGACACUGAGGUGGCUGAGGUCCUUUCCCUCCCACUGCAGGCUCAUCAUGCCAUGGAGAAGAUGGAAGAGUUUGUCCACAAGGUGUGGGAGGGGAGGUGGAGGGUCAUUCCCUUCCAUGUAUUACCAGAGUGGCUUAAGGACAAUGACUACCUCCUGCACGGACACCGGCCACCCAUGCCCUCAUUCCGCGCCUGCUUUGGGAGCAUCUUCAGGAUCCAUACAGAGACGGGCAAUAUCUGGACCCAUUUACUUGGUUUGAUCUUGUUUCUGUGUCUGGGAACCCUCACCAUGCUACGGCCCAACAUGUACUUCAUGGCUCCGCUGCAGGAGAAGGUGGUGUUCGGGAUGUUCUUUCUUGGAGCUGUACUCUGCCUAAGUUUUUCCUGGCUCUUUCACACCGUAUACUGCCACUCUGAGAAAGUUUCCCGCACCUUCUCCAAGCUGGACUAUUCUGGCAUUGCUCUGCUGAUCAUGGGCUCGUUUGUGCCCUGGCUGUACUACUCCUUCUAUUGCUCCCCCCAGCCCCGACUCAUCUACCUCACGAUUGUGUGCGUGUUGGGCAUCGCUGCCAUUAUCGUGGCACAAUGGGACCGUUUCUCCACCCCUCGGCACAGACCCACACGAGCAGGAGUAUUUAUGGGCCUGGGGCUGAGUGGGAUAGUUCCCACCAUGCACUUCACCAUCGAAGAAGGCUUUAUUAAAGCUACUACAGUGGGACAAAUGGGUUGGUUCUACUUGAUGGGUGCCAUGUACAUCACAGGCGCUGGGCUGUAUGCUGCUAGGAUCCCUGAACGUUAUUUCCCUGGCAAGUGUGACAUCUGGUUUCAUUCCCAUCAGAUAUUCCAUGUGCUUGUGGUGGCAGCAGCCUUCAUCCACUUCUAUGGUGUGUCCAACCUGCAGGAGUUCCGCUAUGGCCUUGAGGGAGGCUGUACUGAUGACACCCUCCUCUGAGAGGUCCCACCUCAUACAUGUCCCUUCUGAAAAGUGAUGUUUGGAACCAAGGUCACUCUCACCCCUUUCACUUCCUCACUCCUAGUUUUAUUUUUGAAAUCUAUUUUUUGUUUCCUUCUCUCAUUCUUCUAGUUUGGUUUUAUUGCUUAUCCUUUACCCCGUUCACAUCAAGUGGUGGGUGUUUUUGAAGGAAAGAAUGCUGGCAUGACAAAA